UAUGUGUCAGGUCGAGAACUUUUCAGACUGCCUACGUAUAUUAAAUAUUUAAAACAUACAUUUCAAGUCACUAUAGGUACUCAUAUUUGGGGAUAAGACGAAACUUUAUUACUUAUAAGUCUGUAUGGUGAAUUUAAAGAAGAAUUUCAUAGUGGCAAAUGUACUGUAAAACACCAAUGGGAGAAAAUAGCAAAAAUUAUGCAAGACAAAGGUUAUGACAUUACAGGCUUAAAAUGUUCUACGAAAUUUCAAUCUCUGAAACGUGCAUACAAAAUAAUUGUAGACUACAAUAACAAAAAUGGUAAUAACCCUAAGAAAUGGGAAUAUUUUCAGAUUAUGCAAGAAUUAUUCGCGGAUAAGCCGUGGAUGCAACCAAUGGCAGUAGCUGGAUCUCAUAUUAAUACAAUUGAAGAAGAAAAAGGGGAUGACCUACCAGAAAAAAGUAUUAAAAAAAGAAGGUUAAAUACAGUUAUUCAGCAGUAUAUCCUUGCAGUAGACAAAUGUUUAUUACAAUUUAUUUAUCUUUCAGUUAGAUGACCAUUG